GGCAUACCUGCGAAAACCCUGCGCAUCCUCUACACAACCAAACAACUUGUUUAUGGUCAAAACAAAUACCUGUCGGACUACAAAAUGGAGGAUCAGUCCAACCUCACAGUUGUUCUGCGCCUGAAGGGAGGAAGCGACACCGUGGAAGACCUGUCUCCUCCGCCGAAGCAACUGGACGAGGACGUGGAGACCACCGAGGCUCCUGAUAUGAUCAGCUGGGAGGAUGACUCCAACACGCCCCGAGCCAAGAUGUCCUGUGGGCACGCCAUCACUCCUGAGACACUCACCACGUUCUGCGAGAGUCUGCUGAGUGCAGGAAAGUACGUCUUCAAGUGCCCUUACAUCAGCCCAAGUAGGGUGUACUGUGGCAAGGAGUGGACCUAUCUGGAGGUCCGUCGUCUCGCCGUCCUCACAGCGGACGAAAAGAAGCAGUUCGAGACCAAAAUCUCCGACAACUACCUGCGCAAGGGGAUGGGCAUCCAGGAGUGUCCCAAGUGCCACUCUCUCUGUGAGCGCAUCAACAAGAAGCAAAAGCGCGUGGUGUGCCCCCUGUGCUCGGCCUCUGACGGCGUGGAGUUCCACUUCUGCUGGCACUGCCUGCAUCAGUGGGUCGGAGGAGGCAUCGAGAAGUGCGGCAAUGACAGCUGCGGCGGUGAAGACCCGCGUCUCAAGAUCCUACGCGACUGCAAGAAGAAGACUAUCGUGGGCGUGGCUAACUGUCCUGCCGUCAGGGCCUGCCUGAAGUGCGGUAUGCUUAUCGAGCAUGAGAAGGCCUGCAAGCACAUGGCCUGUGUCUGCGGUCAGAAGUUCUGCUUCAUCUGCCUGAAGCCCGACCUGAACGGAAGUUACCAGUGCGGCAGUUACGACAGUCCGUGCGAGAUCGCUGACGUACAGAAGACCAUCCCUGCAGACAACUGA